AUGGAGCGGCUGGAGCGCGCCGGGCGCUGCCUGCGGGCCGCGCUGGCCCGGGGGCGGCUGCGGCGCCGGCUGCCCGCGCUGCUGCUCGCCAUCGCCCUGCUCGGCUCCGCGCUCAAGGACAGCGGCCUGGUGCCCGACACGCCGCUGCGGAACAAGCGCAACCCGCUCAACGUAUACUUCGUGAAGGUGGCCUGGGCUUGGACACUGUGGCUGCUGCUGCCCUUCAUCACCCUCACCAGCUACGAGCUGGCCCGGAGCAAGCUCCUGCACGGCCGCACCAAGAGCGCGCUGCUGGCGCUGCGGCGCCUGGGCGCGCUGCUGGUGGGCACGGCCGUGUGGUACCUGUGCACCGAGCUCUUCAUCCUGGUGGAGAACCUCACCGGGGAGUGCUCCCUGCAGGCCAAGCCCGGCCAGCCCGCCCGGCUCUACGCCUCCAAGCGCGAGUGCCACCAGGACAGCGGCGUCUGGAACGGCUUCGACAUCUCGGGGCACUGCUUCCUGCUCUCCUACUGUGCCAUGAUGAUCCUGGAGGAGCUGGCCGUGCUGGAAGCGCUGGCCAUGGAGCACAGCUCCAAGCUGCGUGCUGUGAUCAACGUCCUGCUCGUUUCCCUGUGUUUCCUCACCGUGAUCUGGGUGUUCAUGUUCCUCUGUACCGCCCUGUAUUUCCAUGACUUCAGCCAAAAGCUUCUCGGUGUGCUGAUAGGUCUGUCAGCUUGGUAUGGGACGUACAGGUUUUGGUAUUUAAAGCCCUUUUCUCCUGGACUACCUCUUCCAAAUAUACCUUUGAGUUCAAAGAAAUACAGCUAUAGCAGAUAAAAUAAGGUUUGAAAUGUUUUGGAUUUCGCUUUCAGUACUGGAGUAGUUGAAUGUAGGAAUGAUUACUGUAUUUCCACUGUAAGGAACAAGGUGAUGGGUUGGAGGAAACCAAAUCUGUACUAGCCAUUGCCUGGCAGGUGGUAAUGAGCUUCUUCCCUGGGAGAAGAAAAAAAAUCAGGAUUGGAAGAGAUCUGCUCUUGUUUUGGAGCUGCCAACUGGGAUUGUCAGCAAAGAAAUCAGAAGCUGAAUCUGUUUCUCUUACUAAUAAAGAAAUCAGAAGCUGAAUCUGUUUCUCUUACUAAUAAAUGGAGAAGCAGACCCAAGGCUAAAAGAAGCCUUUGAUCUUUAGUAGUGUGAUUUAUCUCAGUUAAUUCUCCCUCCUUUUGAAUUAUGUCAAGAUACUGUGGAUGAUCCAAACCUCAGGCUUUUUUUAAUGUUCCUAUUUGUGUUGCCUUAUGGGAAAGCUCUAAUAAUCACAGUGCUGCUAAGCAUUGCAAAAAUAUCAACUAUUGUGGAAAGCAGUUCUGUUGUGAAACUGGAACAUCUCAUGUUCUCAAGUAUUAAAAACACUAACUUGCCAGAAAUGCCUCAUAGCUGCUUCUGCAACAGAGAGUAAAUCUGAGGUGCAGUGUCUGAAACAGACUGUGACUCUCAAUUCAUGCCAUGUCCAAAAAAGAAAACUCUUGAAAAAACAAGCCUUAACUUUCUCCUUAGGUGAGGUAGAUGUAAUAAUAUUUUGUCAUUUUAUUUUUGACACUAAGAACCCAAAUUCCUUUCUGUUUUGCUAAAACGUCUAGUAUGAGGACUCGGGUUUUAAUUUUUAAAAAAAUCGAAUCCACUGCACCCUUUGCAACAAAAAAUUCCUUGGGUUGUUCUUUCUUCUAGAGCAACAGUGGAAUUCUGUUGUUGUGAACAAGCUAGCUUAUCCUGCUAUUUCCCAAAUAGUCUGCUUGGUAAUGAGUGAAAUACAUUGUUUAUCCUAGGAGCUGCAAAGCAGAGUGUGCUUGAAGCAAUAUUUAUUCUUGCAAUAGCAUAAGCUAUUUAAUUUUGAUUGCACAUAGAGCUGUGGCCACUUUUGAUGUGGCUGUAAACCCACUACUGAACAAAACACUGCUAUUAGAUAAUGAAUAGGGGUGAGAUGGGUUUGCUCAUAUCAGUCAGGUGUUUAGCAUCGUUUUUAUCUCCAAAAGCUUUUAAUUAUUUCAUAAAGGCUCAUUCAUGAUGCGGUUGCAUGAAGUGUGUUUGAUAGUGAUGACGGGACAGCCAGGAGGAUCUGUGGGCAAGGCUGUGGGUCACCUCCACUACCCCCACAGUGGGGUCACUGAAUUUGGUGGCAAGUGGGAAUUGUGUGUCCUUAGAAAGAGCAAUUCACCUCUCAGAAGGAAGCUGUCCAUGGGGUUAUGUAUUUCCUGUCAAACUCCUCUUGGUUUUGUACUAAAUUGCCUUUUAAGCUGACUCUUCCAGAAUUGCACUGAUUAACUCAUAUUGGGUUUAACUAAAUUUGUUUAAACAAUGCAAAUAUAUUUGCAGACACUCUUUUGAUGUAAUUUAAGCCUACUCCCAAUAGAGCUAAGCUAGACUGCAAGCCACUUUCACCAUGAAAAAGGAUUAUAUACCCAGAAGGUUUUAUGAUUAAUUUCAUUAAGUUCCUAUUUUAGGUUAUCUUUAUGUAACUUUGCUGUAUAGACAAGCCCUUGGAACAGGAAAUGCUGUUUACUUAAACCAACUGACUUGCUGAAAUGAUGUUCAUUUUCACAAACGUUUUGUGCAAUCACUGUGGAUAUUUCUGUCCACUUUAACCAGUGUCAUGCAGAUUAUUUUUUUUAAUGGAAAUAAUGUAGGAUAUGGUUAUUCUCUUAUUUAAACAAUGAAAGAAAACCAUUUGAAAACUUUAUCAGUGUUUGUGUCUUUGAGAAUCUCUUCCUGCUAUCUGUAAAGAUGCUGUUGUUACUCUCCACAUCCCUGGAUGACCCAGCCCCACAGAGUUUGUGUGACUACUGAGAUGUCUGAUCAAACUGGCACUGAAACUUCUGCACUGUUUGAAAUAAUUAACAGAGAAUGGUUUCUCAGGAGUGCAGAGUUUUAAAAAGAAACAAAACCGAACAAAACCCAUGGCUGACUAAAGCAAGUUUCCCAAUGUGUGCCUGUUAGAGUAAGCAAUUCAUUUUGUAAGCAUGGACAUUGGUUUAUUGUAGCAGAGGGAAGGCCUAAUCCAUUGAAAUGUAUGGGAAAACUCCCAUGGGCUGUAAUAGUCCUUGUGAGUUUGGAAAUCUUGGGGUCUUUCUCAGUGCCCAGAUGCCAUGGGCCAGCUCUUGGCUCAGAAGGUUCCCUUGUGCUCCAGACCUUAUUUGUGCCUUUUGACUCUACUCCAGAGUAGGAAUUGCUUCCUUGUGCUUCAUCUGAAAAAUUAAGGUUGCAAAUUUCUUAUUCACAUACUUGCCAUCAAAUUUCUCCGACUUCCCUUUCUCUCCCAAAAUGUAUCAUUAAAAUAAAAAUUGCAGCCUUUCCACAAUAGAUUUGCAGCUAAAGAGAAACAGUGCUGGGAGCAGCUGCAUUUGGUAUCCUGUGCCUGAGGAACAAAUCAGUUGUCAACUGGUACUGCUGGUUUGUUUCAGGUGUUGGGGUGGGGUUUUUUUUGCUUUUUCUGCAUUAAAAUGUUCCUGUUGUUCUCACA